AAUCCCUGGCAACCCCACUCUCUUUCAUUCAACUUUUCUAAGCUUUUCGCCCUUCGCGUUUGGUAUUCGCUAUUCGCCACUUUGCCCGCUGUAUUUUGUAAAACUAUCGUCAUUGUUCUAUAUUGUAUAAACUGAAAAUAUUUAAUUACUCGUCGGUUUCCGUCGCGAGUGAUGCCUAGUGUCCGUUUGAUUUCGUUUCAUAAACAAAAAUACAAUCGUUUUUAUCCUGUGUUGUCUCAUGUGAUUACAAAUGUAAAUAAUUAAUUAAAAUUAUCGCACAAAAUGGACGUGAAAGGUUCUAAUCGUGGGUGUAAAGAGUGAUUACUUUGUUAUAGUUGUGUUCGCAAAUAUUUUGUGAGUGUGAUAGUGUAUUUUUUUGAAGGAUUUUGACAUUCCCGUCUUCAGGCUAACUGUGGUGUCGUGCAAAAACUUCGCAACAAAAUGGCGCAGCUGAAACAUAAACGAGGGAAGUCCAAAAACUAAAAGCAGGUCAAAAAGAUCGAACUCAUAAUGACCUAGACAGAUAUUGUGAUAGAAACAGCCAAUCAUAUAGGCCUAUUUUACUAAUUAGAAAAUUUAACAGCGUUCCUUUAGCAUAUAGUGUCAAUUAGCGUAAACCAAAGUAACUUUAGGGUCCUACCUCUAUAGAAAAAAAUUCAAAAAAAGUAUAUUUUUGAACCAAAGCUAGUCUUUUAAGCAUGUCGAAUCAGAUACCUAUAUAUAGCCAGGUCGUUCCAAAAUCUCAAUACCGAGCGAAAAAUUCUAAAGUUAAUAAAGUUCAGAAUCCGACGAGAAACGACUUCGACCCUCUGAAUUAUAAUAACGGAGGGAAUUUCGCCAUGAGUUCUCCCCUUGAUGGGAAGGAGAAGAAGGAGGAUAAGCCUCGGAGGGUUAAAGAGGAUUCGGGGAGGACUCGCAGGGUGAGGAAUGAGGCGAGUGAGGGGAAGGUGGAAGCUUAUUUGAGACAGUACCAGGUCAGCAUGAGGCAGCAGCAGCAUCGACAUUCCGCUGUAAGACAGGCUGAACACCGGGUUAAUCUCAGAUCACUUCCACUGAAUGACGUGGCGACAUCUCGCGGCCACGACCGAACACCGACUGAUCGUCACCGAGGCUUCCCAGAGAGAGAUAGAGAAGGUUCCAGAGAACAUCGGCGUGAGCGAGACAGGGAUAGGGAACGGGAGAGAGAUCCUUUUGAUUUUGAUGGAACACCCCUUAGUCCCAUAGCUUCGAGGGCCCACGAGAAAGACUCCCGACCAGUCCGCAAGUCCUCAUCAGCGCACCGUGUGACUGAGACCAGCAUAUCCACGGACAAGAGGAGGUUCUUCUGCAGGGAGUGGGCCUUCCAGAAGAUUGCUCACUGUUUGGAACAGCGACCAGUCAGCAAGACCUGUGGGGCACUUAUUUUGGGUGACGCGGGCAGUGGUAAGACAGCUCUAUGUCAGGAGCUGAGUGAACCAGGCCAGGGUCCGCAGGCGAGGCAGCAACGUGCACUCAACCGAAGGCUGCUAGCUAGGCACUUUCUACAGAGUCACACAGAGAGCAGCCUACGUCCCGGCGAGUUUGUUCGCUCGUUAGCCAUGCAGAUACUAAGUCAUUCUUCACGGAGACCAAGAGCUGAUAACUCGGAUCUGUCUCCAAGAGACCCUGAUACUCCACACAGUCACAGACGCAAUUCUGAAGAGGAGCGUUUGAUCAGUCGGUUCCGUGAGCUCGGGGAUGAUGGUGAGGAGAGCUCCAAGCCGUUGCUGGCUGAUAGUGAAGACCAGCGCACAGACGAGGAGGACGGUGGCUGCAGUAGCCGGCCGCCCGGGGCCCGCAGCCCGCCCGGGGCCCGCAGCCCGCCCGCGGAGAUACAUACUGACGUCUCUGCUGACACACAUGCCGAUGCACCACUCAGUGCUCUUGAUGACUUGCCAGAAAUCUUGCCAAGAUCGUCAGUGAAACCAACAAAUCCAUUUGUCACAGAAGACAAAGAUGAUCUACGUUUAUACGAAAACCACGAGAAUCUAUUUCUUCGCAAUAUAUCGCAACGCCAAUCAAAAGAAUUGAGGAAUUCGAGACUUUUGCGGCAGUCUUCUGAGCCUCUAUCGGAGAAGAAGACCAGUCUACUGCAGAAGAGUCUGUCUACCGAACAGAAGAAUGAUAGUUCUGGAGAAGAUCGGAAGGUGGAGAAUAGCCCGCCUAAGUCUAGGAUACCUGUCGCUAAUUUUAGGUACCCUAACAAAAGUGAUCUUCGAUCUGCUGAAAACUCCCCCUCAAAGAAGCCUGAAAGACCAUCUACACCCAAAGAAGAGUUGCCGGAAUACCAGAAUGUUUUGAAGCCAGAAGUAGAAGUACAGGAGAGUGAGAAGAAGAGAGAAGAUGUGCCCCCUCCUAUUCCUAGUCUACCUAUAAGUCCUAGGACUUUGAUCGCCAACGCUUAUUACGAUAAGUUGCUGGCUGAGCCUGAAAUUCAGCAGGCACUAUUACCUCAAAAUUUGGAGAAGAAUCCUGAUGAAUGCUUCAAGAAGGCUCUCCUCUUCCCACUGCUGGAGAUAGAUCCUCCUAAGCAGUGCCUCUUCUUACUGGUCGACGCUAUCGAUGAAGGCAUUACUGGCGGUAUGUGCGAGGAGGGUUCGAGCUCGGAAGGGUCCUCGUCGGUGGCCCGCCUGCUGGCGCGGCACCAGCACCUGUUCCCGCACUGGCUGCUACUGGUCUGCACGGCCAGGAAGCACUGCAGGAACCUCACCAGGAUGUUUACUGGGUUCCGUAAAAUAACAUUGGACGAGCUCCAACGUGCACAUGUAUCAGCCGACGUGCAGCGUUACGUACUGGCACGUCUGGACACCGAACCCCGACUCAGAGCUCGAGUAUCGAGUGACUCCACUGCGGCGGCGGCGGCCGCGGCGGCAUUAGACCAUCUACGUAUCAAGAGUGAUGGCUGUCUACUGUACUUGGAGAAGGUGCUAGACGGUGUAGCAGACGGAUUCAUAGCUCUACGCGAGAUCAGAGAGAUCCCCGGCACUCUGAACGGACUCUAUCUGUGGCUGGCUCAGCGACUCUUUCAUGGGAGACGGUUCACCAAGGUUCGUCUCCUCCUGGACGUGUUGCUGGCGGCCAGGUGCGGAGUGUCGGAGGAGAUGCUGUACAGGUGUCUGCUCACCAAGGAGUACUCCGUCACCAGGGAGGACUUCAACCGACGAUUGCAUCUACUCAGGCGUAUCCUAGUAAUGGAGCGCUCAACAGGCUACCUCUCGAUGUUCCACCAUUCCUUCGCGAAGUGGCUGGUAGACGUCAAACACUGCACGCGACGAUAUCUCUGCUGUCCCACUGACGGACACGCCGCCAUAGCCAUGUAUUACACUCUGGAUGCUAAAAGACUAAGUGCGUUGGAGAUACAUAACUACGUGUUCCAUAUGACAAGCCUCGAACAACACAUGGCUUCACAGAAAAAGAACAAAAAUGCCGAACAGAAAGAAGACGUGUUAGACUUACACACGCUGAUCUUGCUGUGGGUGCUGGACUCCGGCUGUGACGUGGAGGCCGCGCUGCGCCGGGAGACCGACGUCUGCCGCCGCCUCGACGCGCGCCACGGACAGAUGCAAGAUAUGAAAGCUGAGGAGAAAGAUGGCGAUCCUGAAUCGGAAAGCAAGGACUCUGUGUCAGACCCGACGCCUUUAGAGGCUAUAAUGCCAGAGCUGAUAGCUGGUGAGACCACGACUCGAUGGCCGCGCGACCGACGCGUGCUGAGAGCGCUGUUGGAACUCAGCCGGGCUGACUCCGUGCCAACUGAAGCUGAGCGUGAAGAUAUAUUGCUAUCAUCAGACCAGCCCCUGGAGAAUGAAGAACAGAAUGAGACGGGGGAGGAGCAGGAGGACACAGCCCCCGUGGAUCCCAACGCUGUCCACGAGCUGGCUGCCAAGGGGGACGACGAGGGACUCGCUGCACUACUCAAGCGCUACCCUGCCCUAGUAGAGGCGAUAGACGCGACCGGGGGCACGGCGUUACACGCGGCGGCCCGCGGCGGCAGGGCGCAGGCUGCCUGGGUGUUACUACGGGCGGGGGCGAAGGCCGACGCCGCUGACGCUGAUGGAUGGAGCCCGCUCAGGGCUGCGGCGUGGGCUGGACACACGGAGGUGGUGGAAGUGUUACUAGAGUUCGGUUGUGACGUGGAUUGUGUGGAUGCUGACAACAGAACUGCAUUGAGAGCGGCAGCCUGGUCAGGUCACGAGGCAGUGGUCUCCAAGCUCCUGGCAGCUGGAGCAGACCCGGAUAAAGCAGACGCCGAGGGUCGAACCCCACUCAUCGCGGCUGCCUACAUGGGCCAUGCGGACAUAGUGAGAGCUUUACUGGAUGCCGGCGCGCAAAUCGAUCAUGCUGAUGAUGAUGGUCGUACAGCCCUGUCGGUGGCGUCCCUGUGCGCGGGUGGGUGCGCGUGCGCAGCGCUCCUGCUGGAGCGGGGCGCCGACGUGGCGCGCGCCGACCGGGACAAGGCCACUCCUCUACUCGUCGCCGCCUUCGAGGGACAUACCGAGAUCUGCGAGUUGCUGCUGGAGGCGGAGGCGGACGUGGAGGCGGCGGACGGCGCGGGGCGCACGGCGCUGUGGGCGGCGGCGGCGGCGGGCCACGCGCGCGCGCUGCGCCUGCUGCUGUUCUGGGGCGCCUGCGUCGACAACAUGGACGCCGACGGACGCACCGUGCUCAGCGUCGCCGCCGCGCAGGGCAACGUGGAGGUGGUCCGUCAGUUACUGGACCGAGGGUUGGAUGAGCAUCACAGGGACAACUCGGGAUGGACUCCGCUACACUAUGCCGCUUUUGAAGGUCACAUAGAAGUUUGCGAAGCUCUACUAGAAGCCGGUGCGAAGGUGGAUGAAGCGGACAACGAUGGCAAGGGUCCACUGAUGUUGGCGGCCCAGGAAGGCCACACCAGACUGGUGGAACUGCUGGUGGACUCCUGGGACGCCAGGGUGGAGCAGAGGGCGCAUGAUGGGAAGACUGCAUUCAGACUGGCGGCGCUGGAGGGCCACGCGGCGACAGUGGAGGCGCUGUACGUGCGCGGCGCGGACGUCGACGCGCUGGACGCCGACCGACGCAGCACGCUCUACGUACUGGCGCUAGACAACAGGCUCGCCAUGGCCACGCAACUCAUCGCCAACUGUGGCGCCCACGUCGACACCACCGACAACGAGGUACGUGUGGGAGCCAUGGCCACGCAACUCAUCGCCAACUGUGGCGCCCACGUCGACACCACCGACAACGAGGGCCGCACCCCGCUCCACGUGUCUGCGUGGCAAGGUCACACGGACAUGGUGAACCUGCUCAUUAAAGUCGGAGGUGCGUGUGUAGACGGCCGAGACCGUUGCCUGCGAACUGCACUCCACGCCGCGGCGUGGCGCGGCCGCACCGCCGUACUGCGCGCUCUACUGCAGCACGGCGCCUCGCCCGCCGCCGUCUGUACGCAGGGGGCCACGCCACUCGGUAUCGCGGCUCAGGAAGGUCACGAAGAAUGCGUCCUAUGGUUACUGCAGCAUGGAGCUGAUCCCAUGCAAGCUGAUCAUUGCGGUCGUACCCCCGCGAAGGUAGCGUGGCGAGCAGGACACGCCAACAUCUGCCGCCUGCUAGAGCGCUGGCCGGCACCUGCAGCUUCUGCAGCUUCAGGAGGUUCCGCAGCUUCUGCAGCUCCCUCAGCACCUGCUCAUCACGAUCUACCAUCUGCAAGGCCGCCUAGUGCUGGGUCCCCAGAAUACAAGCGUCGUAGCGUGCACAGUUCUAAUUCUACGAAGUCGUCGUCCAACAUGACGGCCGGCUCGGCUCGCUCGCACUCUCACCACGACCAGGCAGAGACUGGCAAUACUGAGAAGGGUAACCGCGCGAACCUGUCCCUGUCGUUCGCCCAGCAAGUGGCGCGGUGUGGCCGCGGACGCAGGGACCAUGCUCAACACCACGACAUACCGGAACAUCACGUCGUCGAGAAGGACUCUAAACUCAGGAGCUACCUAGCGAACGAGCGCGACCUAGAGCUGGGCGCAUGGUCGCAGGCGGCCCCCGCUCCCCCCGGACACAUGUCCCCCCUGUACGCGUCCCCCCCUCGUACACCCGUCAGUGAUCUAUGCAGUCCCACGCAACCUGCGCUACCGCCUAGUUUUGGUUCCCAGCCCCCAAGCCUGACGUCGGUGCAACCAGUUUUGACUGACACCCACUUCAAUCGAGAUACCCAUAUGAGGAUCAUACUCGGACGAGACAGCAAACCGCCGCAGGAUAGGAGCGAGAGCGAGGUGUGGAAAGCGAUGGGUCUCGUUGCAUACAACAAGCUAGUUGGCAGUAUCGGCAGAGCCAGGGGCCGGAUAUUCAAAAAGAAUAAAAGCAAGAGGAACGGUAUAGUCACGAAUCCCGCUAUGCGGCUGGUCGCCAACGUCAGAAAUGGACUCGAUAAUGCAGCCGCGAACAUACGACGAACAGGCGUAGCUCUAGCAGCCAGCGCGAGCUCUGCCAACCCCGCAGUCAAAACAAAUGCUUUCCAAUGGAGGAAAGAGACACCACUAUAAGAAAGAGCGAAACGAACGAACGGUACAAGCUUUUUCCAUUCAUACAGCAACUGAAAAACACGUUCAGUUCUGAUAUUGAAAUUAUUCUCGAUUUCCGUUAUGGCCCCCGGUCGAGCUCGAAACUAGUCGGGCGUGCUCGAAAAUGGUGUUUCGAAAAUUGACGUAAUCUGUCUUGCGUAGUGUUGCCAGUUGGUUUUUGUUGACGCAAAAGUUUUUUUAGUCUGGCAUUUUAAAGAUGAUUUGUACAUUUGCUAUUAUAUUAACGUUUUGUUAUUUCGUUUUUUGUAAAAAUGGCCUAUUUUGGUUUUAAUUAUGUAAAUAUAAUGUUUAAGGCUCCAUUUUAUUAGUAUUACUAUUGAUAGGUGUUACAAGUCUAGCUGGCAAGUAUGAGAUUAUGAAUUCGAUUCCCUAGCCAACUAUUAAUUAUGGUGAUAAAUCAGUAAGCGCGAUUGUCGAGUAUGAGGUCCUGAGUUUGAUAUCUGAUCGAGUAUUAUUAUUAUUGAUGAUUUGAAUAUAUAAAUCAUUAUUAAUAGUAUAGAAUCUCAAAUUGUGCCAUUUGUAUUAAAUAUAAUAGGUACUAAUGAAAACCACUUCUGACUGUUUAUAUGUGAAAACUAGCUACUUCCACGCGACUUCUCUCGGCUUUUCGGCUUCUAUUGAUCAUGGCGUGAUGUUUUAGAGCCUAUAGUCAUCCUUGAUAAAUGCACUAUCUAACACAACAAGAAUUAUUCAAAUCGGACCAGCCGUUCCUGAAGUUAGCGCCUCCAAACAAACACACUCAACAGCUUUAUACACCGUGAAAUCUAUUUCGUUUACGUCCCGCGGCAAAACAACUUUCCAUAAGGAGUCAUCAUCAU